GCUGCAGUUCUUUUCUUCUUUAUGCUAGAAUAGUUGUUUCUAAUUAAGCGGCCUUGCAGGUAAUGCUUUUUUUUGUAGGGCUGUAAAUCCAUCUGCUCACAUAGACAUGUUUACACUGGUAUAUCAGAAUAGUAACACAUCUGAGAACAUAAUUUGCCCAUUUGUUUUACUUCACUGUUUUUAAUUAUUCUUUAACUUCUGUGCUAGGACCAAUUUAUCUUAUUCAUCUUACUUGGUAAACACUUGGUUUAUUUUGGUUUUAUUUCCUCUCUUGCUUCCCACAAUUCAGUCACUAGGAAAUCUGCAGGUAAACAAAGCCCUAGAGCUUAAAAGCAAAAUAUUUUUUUUAUGCUGUGACUUCAUGCAUUUCACAUGUUAUAAUUCAAUCAGAUGCUCCAUCAGUGCUAUUGAUGAGAAACUUGCUUAGUCUUACUGUGAAAAAAUCAAGACAUUUGCUAAAUCCAUCAUUUUCACAUGUUCUGAUUGCUGCUACUUCCUCCAUUUUUAGAAAUGUCUGGGUUUUUUCCUCAUUUGAGUGCAUUCUGUUUAACUGGUUUUUUCUUGGAGAGAUUUAAAGGUCUUUUCAUAUUCAAAAUGAAUUGUUUUCUUUAGCUGAAAUUACUGCAAUCAGACUGGAAUUUUUCAAUUUUCUCAGUUAUUUUCCAGGAUAUUACUUCCACUCUCAAACCAGUUCAGUGUGUGGGAUUUUAUGUUCUGUCAAUUUCUCAACAUCUUUAGGAAUGUACAGGUGAAAUAUCUGUGAAUAUGAGUGAACCAGUUUUUCUUGUGCUGAAAUACUUCAUAGCACUGUAGGAUGUGUAUAUCCCUUAGGACCAGGGAGUACUGGAAAAUGCCUGAGCUAGGAUUUGUCCUGGACACAGGUGCCAGCACAUGAAAGCACAGUGAUCAUCCCCUGCUGGUCUCCAGAGUGCCACGGGAUCAACAACUAUUCAGGGGAGAAAGGAUAUUACACUUGGAAUGAUGUCAGGCAAUGAUAAUGUUAUCACUGCCUUGACAAUAACAUAAUUGGAAACACUCUAGCUGGCAAAUACUAAUCAGCUUGCUCAUAUAUUUGCUCUCAUUUAUUUUUCUUUUUCCUACAAGACUCAUGGGCUAUUAUUUCAGUGCAAAUAAUUUGGUAAGACUGACUUUUUCUGCUUAGUCACAACAGAGUUUUCAUCUCAUUGAUUUAUGCUGGUUAUAGCCUAAGAUGACGUAGAUAGUGUUCAACAGAAUUUCAAGAGCAUCUUACAAAACUCCUAAGAUCUAAAUUUGGAUACUGAAAAUGUUUUCAAACACAGUAGAAAGCAAUAUUUGAGCAUGAAAAUCAAGCUGUUAAGAACAUAAUUAUCUUCUUUCAUUUCAAAAUUGGACAUAAAAUAUUUGUCUGUUUACUGAAAGGAGAUCUGUAAAGAACAAGCAAAAAAAGAAAUCAUUCUAUAAGUAGAUUUGCAGUAUUUGAUCUUUUAUGCUUUGCUAGUUUGUUUAUUUUUACAUUAGAAUAAGAGCAAUAUUUUUAAGCUUGUUUUGAACUCCCCUGGACCCACAUUGGUCAAGUGCUUCAGCUUGACUUCAGCACUUAAUCAUCAAAAACAUCACAGUUUUCAGUUUUCAGCAUUUCAAGCUAAACCUCUGUGGACACCAUGAUAGAAUAUUCUGAUAAUUUGUCAGGCUUAAUUAACAGUUUUGUCCCUGGACAUGCAGUUUGGUAUCAGUGACGUCUACACUUGAACACUGUCUCAAACAAGACUGUGCUGCUAAACAGCAUUGCAGAGGCAAACCAAAAUAUCAGAAAUCAAUGGCAGUACCUGGAAAUGUCAAAAUCAGGAUUAUAAAUCUCAAAACUCACACAGCAUGUGUCAGUACCAUGAAACUGAAGGGACACAACAUUGCCUCAUAAUUUCCACUACUUGUCAUAACAUCACAUGUGUUUUACAAAGAAGCAAUUAAAGUUAUUAUUGUAAAUGACUAGUAAUUUAUAAAGAACAAGCUCUUACUUGUCCUGUUUUUCAGGAUUUCACUACAGUUUGCAUUGUUUUGUGACUGGAGCUUCACUAUUUUGUUCUUGCAUACUUUACCAUCCUUCAGAGUUUGUUGAUAAUUUUUGUUAUAAGGGAAUUUACUAAUCUCAGCAGAAGACUGGGAUAUUUGCAAAAUUCAAACAUGAGCCAGUUAUAGAGUUGACUUUCUACUAUUAGGCAGUUCAUUUAUUUCUUACUAGUCACUGCUACAAUUAGUGAAUUAUUUGUAACACAAAUUUGCAAGUAGUUUUUAAAAUAGAUGUUCAAUCUAUAUGAAAGAAGUUCAGAAAUCAAGAAAAACUGUUAAUAACCAGGAGAUGAUACAUAAAUUGAUUUAUUUCACCCUUUUUCAUUCUUUCUCUGGAGGCCAAACUAAAGCUGCAGGUAACAAAGAGUGCUUUAUAAGCAUCACAUCACCUUACUGUGCUUCUGAUUAUGGUAGAUGGUCAGAGACACAACAUGGAGGAGCCUUUCUAGCAGGACAGAGCGAAUUUCCAUAGAUGUGAGAACUGGAAAUGAUGUGAUCAGAUCUGGCCUGGAGUAAAAGGGCCAAACCCAAACCCCUACUUUCUUCACCAAUCUUUGCACAGUGGAUCCUUCCUUUGAGUCUUUGUAGUCCAGGAAUUUUCUGCUGCCUCCUGAAUUGUACCAUUUCUACCUAGUUUUUCCAAGUCCCUCAAAAAAACCAAAAAUUGUCUUCAUAUAUCUGAAGCUUUCCUUUAAUAUAUUCUCCUUAAUGCAUGCAAACAUCCUAUUCUCAACAGCGGAGCUUGAAUCUCAUUCCUUGCAUUCUCAUUUUUUUGCCCCUUUUCCCAGCUACCAAUUACGUUUUUGGGCAGAAGUUUUUAGUGAAAAUAUUGCAGUAACUACUGCUAUAUCCUGAUACUAUUUAGGACCCUCAUGCUCCCCUUGAUUUCUGUACACUACACCCACCAAUGAUGCUGUGAAUACCAUUGUAAUUAUCAAGCGUAAAUUAGUUAGUAGUAAACUAACUAGUAAACCAGUUAGUAAAUUCUGUUUUCUCCUUUUCAUAGUUUUUUAUUAAUAUUAAUUUUGGCCUUCGAGCAAGAAUAUGUCUACACCAAGAAUCUUUCUCCUGUUUUCUGCCUUUCUUUGAACAAAGUCCUUAUUCGGUGUAUUACAGCAUAGCACCUUUAUACCCUCUCCUUAAACCAGUAUAAGCACACAGAGCCAGUAUAAAGAGGGGUCCAGCACCCUCGUGGGACUGAGGAGAUACAUGGCAAGUCAGACUGUGCAGCCACAUGUGUGUUAGUGCUGGCACAGGAGAGAGCUCACAAUGAGAGGAGCUAUGAUAACAUCAGAGGGAAUUAGCCCGGCUGCCAGGACUGCUGUGCGCACACCAACGUGACAAUACACUGAUGGAUUUUCUUUGAUCCCAAGGGAGCUGGUUGGCUCAUUCUGCAUCGGGCUGGGCUCUCCUAUUUCCAUCCACAGGGUGGUUCUCCCCACGGUGUGCUGUGGCUGACAGUCUCCCUGCCUGAGAUACAAGAGCUUUCCCUCAGCUGCUGCUCAAGCUCUUGUUUGCCUCGGCAUUUACAGCAGCUUGAUGUCCAGCAUCUGCUUCAGAACAAUUCUUCCUUACUCAACACAUGCUACCAGGGGAAGGCAGGGAAGUCCCCCUGCAGCAGGCAGGAUGAAGUAAAUGCCUUUGCCCACUUUUUUAAACGAGACUGACAUCUGCCAGUUAUUCUGAUACAACGAUAUCGUGGUUUUGAUAAUCCCUCCUUGGAAGCAAAGAUCAGAAAGCCUGAGGUGAAGAGGGAAGUGACAACAAAGCUCCUGCAGUGAAUGAGCAUGGAAGCUGAGCCAUCUUUGGCAAAAGGGGAAUUUGCCAUCAACAGCUGCCGAGCCCUGGGCCCCUGGGGCUCAGGGAGGGAGUGGCCACCAAAGCUUCCCGAGGCAAAUUCCAUUGCACUUCCCAUGGGACAGUGCUGGGAAACUGCGCUGGAACAGCGAACUCUGCCCUGCAGAGCUGUGCUCUUUUUGGGGGAUGGCCUCAGCCUCUUAGUGCCAUCCUCCUCUGCCAAGCUCUCAGCCUCCACCUGCCGGCGGAGCUGGUCCAGAAGGCCGAAAAAAGUGAAAAAAAUGUGUGAUCAGGGUUGCAGCAGUGAGUGAUAAGGAGAAUCAGCCUAGUAUAAUAAUUAACAAGCUGUGCUUUCUUUCCCUUCUAAGUGUUUCAAACCAAAUCCAGGUUUUGGAGAGUAUUUUCACUAUUAUUAUUUCAUAGGGAUAGACACAAAGCAUGAUUUACCUCUGGUUUUCUUCCCUGUGUUCUUCACUCUUCCUCUAGCAGCCCUGCCCCUAGUUGCUGCUCUUUUAAUCUCAUUCCUCUGCCCUCGUUCCUUCUCUGAUUUUCCAGCUGUGCCCUGCUCUUGUCCUGGAUGGGAGGAAAGUUCUGUGUUCCUGGGACAUACUUAAACAUUUGGCUAAUUUUGUGCCUGUUUCCAAGAGCCUGUGUAUCAAAUCCUUCAAAACCUAACUUUUUACUGAUACUGGCUGAUGACCUUGGUAUUGGAGAUUUGGGUUGCUAUGGCAAUGAUACAAUAAGGACCCCUAACAUUGAUGGCCUGGCAAAGGAUGGAGUGAGACUCACUCAGCACAUCGCUGCAGCAGCUGUCUGUACUCCCAGCAGAGCUGCUUUCCUGACUGGCAGAUACCCCAUCAGAUCAGGCAUGGCAUCCAGCACUGAGCGUCAGGUUCUCUUCUGGAACGGUGCUUCAGGGGGGCUCCCACCAAAUGAAACCACUUUUGCCAGAAUACUCCACCAGCAAGGUUAUUCUACAGCACUUGUAGGGAAGUGGCAUAUGGGUGUGAACUGCAAAACCCGCCAUGAUCACUGCCACCAUCCUUUAAAUCAUGGUUUUGAUCAUUUUUAUGGCAUGGCUUUUACGCUUCUCAAUGAGUGUCAAGGCUCAGAUGACCCUGAAUUGGCCAAGUCUUUGCAAGAUACAUAUUGGUUUUACACUCAGAUGAUCAUCCUUGCAGUAUUUACUCUUGUGGUUGGAAAACUCACCAAUUUAUUCCCAGUUAAAUGGAAAAUAAUCAUCUGUUUGGCCAUCUGUGGUCUCCUUCAUUUCAUCUCCUGGUUCUCCAGCUAUGGUUUCACCAAGUACUGGAACUGCAUCCUGAUGAGAAACCAUGAUAUCACUGAACAACCAAUGAACCUACAAAAAACUACUUCUAAUAUGCUGAAGGAGGCAGUUGCAUUCAUUGAAAGAAACAAGCAUAGACCGUUUCUUCUCUUUGUUUCCCUUUUACAUGUUCACACCCCUCUCGUUACCACAGAGAAGUUUCAGGGAAGAAGCAGGCAUGGCCUGUAUGGAGAUAAUGUAGAGGAGAUGGACUGGAUGGUAGGCAGGCUUCUGGAUGUUAUUGACAAAGAAAACUUGAAGAAUACCACCUUCAUUUACUUUGCAUCUGAUCAUGGAGGAUUCUUAGAGGCUCACAGAGGAAAUUCUCAGCUGGGUGGAUGGAAUGGGAUAUAUAAAGGUGGAAAAGGAAUGGGAGGCUGGGAAGGAGGAAUCCGUGUUCCAGGCAUAGUUAGGUGGCCAGGAGUGUUGCCUGCGGGGACAGUCAUCGAUGAACCCACGAGCCUUAUGGACAUUUAUCCUACAGUAGUUCAACUGGCUGGAGGGACAGUGCCUCAGGACAGGGCCAUGGACGGGCACACCUUGCUGCCCCUGCUGCAGGGGACAGAGCAGCACUCCAGGCACGAGUUCCUGUUCCACUACUGCGGGGUGUUCCUGCACGCAGUGCGCUGGCACCAGAAGCACAGUGGCACUGUAUGGAAAGCUCAUUAUGCCACUCCAGUAUUUCAGCCAGAAGCCUCUGGGGCCUGUUUCAGAAGAGGAAUUUGUCCAUGUUUCGGGGAUGGGGUAAUCCAUCAUGACCCUCCACUGCUGUUCAAUCUCUCACAAGAUCCAUCUGAGGCAAAUCCUCUUUCAGCUGACACUGAGCCCUUGUUUGACACUGUGGUGAGGAGAAUGAGAGGAGCUGUGGAAGAGCAUCGCAAGACUCUGACUCCAGUCCCACAACAGCUCUCUCCUUACAAUAAUAUGUGGAAGCCGUGGCUGCAGCCAUGCUGUGGCACAUUCCCAUUCUGUUGGUGUAAUGAAAAUAACAAAACAUAGUCUAAUACCAAAGUCAAAGUACAGCUAGCUUUAAAGAAAUUGGUAAUUUUUCACAUUCACAUGACUACAGUCAUAAAGAGAUUAAAGAUUAAAUUAUACUGGGAUAACUAAAAGGGACAUUAGUAAUCACUAAUGGUUUUUUUCAACCUUUUCUCUUAUCCAUGGAAAUUAAGUAAGGCUGUGGUUUAAAAAAAAAUUAGGGGUCAUCUGUAUAAUCUAUCUCUCAAGUGAGUAAUUCAGGAUUAAUUACCAAAUAAAUGAAUCAAAAUGUAUUUUCUUACUGACUUACAAAUCAAGCAAAUGAUGACAGAUAAAAAAGCAAAUUUUCAAUAGCAAUCUCGUGUAUAGGAAAUAUGCUUGUUGAGAGAACAGGACUGAGCCCAAGAGGGUAUCCCUGUUAGGCCUUAUGUUUUUAAUGAAAAAUUAACCUUUUGCACAAAAAUGAAAGGAUUAUGACAAUGAAAAAAGUAAUAAAAAUAAAAUUGCACAUUUAAUUUGGAAAUAUACCAAAAUGUAUUGGCCUCUCAAAAAUAAGCACCUAUUAAAUUACAGCUUUUUUUUUGCCUCAUUAUCUGUGCAUUUAUUUGUCUGUCAUGCAAGAUUUCCUAGGGAAAACUCAACUGACAAGGAUGUUUUAAAAAUUAGCUAAAGUUAGCAUCUCAGAAGCAGUAGCAAAAUACCUUGUUGUCAUCUUAUUACACAGCUCCCAUACCUUCUCGUGAUUUCUCACGUGCAGCUUCUCACAGCACCAACUCCUUCUCCUUCACAGCAAAACCAACAAACUCCAACUAUCCUCAACCACAUAACCCACUGUUUUGUAGCAUUUGUCUUCUUAUUGGACACAGCUGUGGCCUGUUAAGGGCAGGCCUGUUCCUAAUCUUUGGUGAUUGGCACAGCUACAAAUCCUCAGGGGUGAGAUCACUUCUGCACUAUCUUUAUUUUCUUACAUACUAUCCCCUCACAGUACCUAGCUACUCUGAAAUGUUAAACCACAGCAAUUCUUACUGAUAUGUGUUUUCCAUGUAGUUAGGUCAUCUCACUUGUGAGAGCAUUGAAAAUCAUCACCCCGCUGCCUUGAGAAGAUUGCAAAAUUUGCGACCUAUCUGUGAGACCACUUCAUAAGCCUGCAUGUCCUACUUGAGUAGGAAUUUCAUUCCUGAUUUCAUAGGAAUGCCAUUAUACCUCCUGAAAAAUAUUCUUUGUUUAGUGAAACAACACUAUGUUUUCAGUAGGAGGUAUGGAAAAAAAAUUCACCUCACAGUCUCAUCACUUCUGUAUACAGGUCAUCUUCCCCAAGCCAAAGAAGUGUCAGCACUCUGUACAGUCAUUAAGGGAAAGGAGGGUAUUAAAAUACCUAAUCCUCUCUUGCUGCCCUUAGGUUAAAUAAAUUCAUCUCUCAAGAUAUAAUCCUAGCCAUGCUCUUGCAGGGAUUUUGUGUCAAAUCAGAUUUUCAAAUGGAGGUUCCGGUAUUUUUUCCUCCCCCAAAAAGGUAGAUUGUGGGUAAGAGACUCAGAUUCAAACUUCAAAGUCUUCCUGAACACUCUAUAUUCAGCUCCUGCUUUAAAUAGUAUCAAGGGAUGGUAAGAGCUGCAGAGCAGGUACUGCAGGUGACAUGUUUCCUUAAAGCUUGCUGUCUCAAGGCGCCACACCUGUGCAGCUCUAUUAAGGACCAAGGUUGCCUCUGUGUAAAUUUCUGUCUUUUAGAAACAAAAGAGACAAGAAGGCCCAUAGCAAGUCUCUCUCUCAGCUCCUGAGCUGCCCCAUCAGAUCCCUUUCACCAGCUUUGGGACAAAAGAGGAUGCAUGUCUGGAUUAUGCACCCUGUGCAGUGUUUCAGGGAACCUCCUGACUGACACCUUAGUGUGCUAGUUUGUGGUGGGGUGAGUCACUGCUGUUUAAACAGCAUAGGUUGUGACCAUGAUGCAACACCAAAUGCAAGUCUCUAAAUAGCUGACCAGGCAGUUCUCCAGGUUAUUUGCCGUUUCACCUUUUCGCUAAAAGGUCAAGAAGAAAGUUACAUGGAAAACAUUUCACAGAAAUCAUAGAGCAUGCAUGAAAAUAAACUGAUUGGAUGCCUCAAUGUCACACUUAAUAGAAGCAUCCAAAAAUAUGUUUGUUCUCACUUCCUGAUAGUGUUUAAAUUUGCACCAGCAUUGCUACACACUUGUCAGAUUUGACACUUCUCUGUGGCUGACAGGGACAGAAACCAGAGCAGCUGCAUUUCACUGAAUUCAUGCAGGGAGAAAAGAGCAUAAAAUAUCACAUGUUUUAAAGCCAGUCUGGCUGAUUCAGAGAUGGAGGACAAAUCCUACCACUCAGUGGGGAACAAAGCCAAAAGCUCUCAAGCCAGCCAGCUCAGUAGCAUCUACAUUAUCAGUUAAACACAAGGAUAAGUUUUUUCUCAGUUUGCUUCACUGACUUCCCCACUCACCCACUCCAAUCAUUAAGUUAAAUAUCAGGAAAAAGUUUUUCACACAGAAGUUGGUUGAGCAGUGGAACAGGUUCCCCACGCAAGUGGUCACAGCACAAAGCCUGUGAGUUCAAACAGUAUUGGAACAAUGCUCUCGGGCCCAUGGUGUGACUCUUGCGAUGUCCUGCACAGGGCCAGGAGGUGGACCCAGUGAUCAUGCUGGGUCCUUUCCAACUCAGUAUGUUGUAUGACUUACACACAAGAACAUGCCAGUCCCACACUAGGCCAUGAUGAGAGCACUUACCAGGAGGUGGGAUGGUGAUCAUGCACCCACUCAGCAUGCAAGCAUAGACCCAAACUUCAAGAAGCCAGACUAGGCAGGCCAGUACAUCAGCAAGACCCAGAACUCAACCUCUAAACACAUUGUGAAAAAAAUCACCCUGUAUAAAUUUAAACAUUAAACAUUGGUCUAAUUCCUCAUUCCUCUGCAAAUUAAAUUUGCUGAACUGCUGUAUAGAGUCAGAUGCUAAGGAGUCACGUAGAUACCCAUGUUGCCUUUCUGACAUCCAAACAGAUAAUUUUAUCUCGGCUGGCAUCUGUGGAAAACCAGAGGCAUUUUCAGGCAGGAGGAGGAGAAAUUAGGGCUGGCAGCAUAGAGAACCUGCUUUUGUCAACUGUUAGGAGACCUCAGCCAGGCACAAGGAAAAGUGCUUUUCCCACACAGAGAGGGAGAGGGCAGACAAUGCACACAGAGGAUCUGCAGGCAAGAAGGAGAGCAAAGCAAUGGGAAAUUCCUGAAUUGGAAGCAUGUCACUUCAAAAAACAGAGGACAGGAAAGAAAACUAUUUUCACCCCUAAGUUCCUCUCACUAUCUAAAGCUAAAUGUAUCUUAAAAUGUACAAAUUUUGAGGGGACAGUGGUAAGCAGGAAAAGGAAGUUAAUUAUUUAAUGUGUUUCAAGCAGAUCCUAGCCAUGGAUUGGUUGCAAAUCUUUCUGUCUGUAUCCACUUUAACAAGGACAUGUAAGCUCUGCAGAAGGUGUUCUUCUGAUCUUUUGGCAAAUGUAUAUUCCCCAUAAAGCAGAUGAACACAACAUCACACUCAAGGUGUCCUCAUGAGCCCUUUCACAUAAAAUGCACUUACAGGCACAAACUCUGUCACAAAACCUUCUUGAAUAAAACUGGAAGGAAGGAAGGAAUUCUCAAUUCAGUUUCCUUGAAAAAUCAUCUAUAAUGAUAUUUUUCAAAAUAUAUUAAUAUAAGAAUAAAAUCUAAAUUGUAAGUUUUCUCCCUUUGUAGCAAGGCACAAGGACUACAUAAAAUGACCUGUUAGGAAAACCUGAGACCACUGGCCAAACUCCAAGCCAUACAAGAAUGUGCCUACACAUGGUUUAAUAUAGACACCAUAGAGAGGGAAGUAUUACUCUGUAACAAAUGAAGUUUGUUUUACUGAAAGAGCUGUGGCUGUACUGUGUAAAUGUUUGACAUUCAUGUUGGAUGAAGCCGACUUCCACUUUACUCCUUUCAUCAUUAUUAAAUGACAUUUGGAAUUGUUGAAUUAGACUGACUCAACAGAGUAAUUGUCAAGUCUCACAGGAGUGAGACAAUAAGCUUCUCAGAAGCCUCACUUCACCAUGUUUAAAUAUUAGACACAUUGCUUUGCUCCCUGCUGCGACUCAAGGGAGUGCCAGCACACAGAUCACAAGAUCCCAUCUUCUAAGGAUGCAAAAUAGUUGUGUAACAAAUAAACUGAGAAAAGCAAUUUGAGCUCAAAAUUUAUCCAGCUUGAAAUUCCCUCUGAGUAUAUUUGAGAGGCAUUUACAUAAAUAACCAAGGAGUAACAAAAAACCUUUUGCUCAUUACAGAUUUUGGGUUAAUAUACACAAAUACAGGCAUAUAUAUAGUGUUGAACUCAAUACGACCCUGGAAGAUUUUGGUAGGAUGUUUUGAUUGUAAUGUUAUAUCUAAUCAACUCCACUAAAAAGACUCAGAUUUAUUCAAAACCUUGUUUCUCAUUGAAUUACCCUACUACUGCAUUACUAAGAUUUCUUGAAUGCCAGAAUAGAAAUGGCAACUCUCCAUGUUGAGAUAAAUGGGAUUACUAGAGGAUCCAAACAACCUUGGCUUCUGCUCUGCCAUUUCUCUAAAAGCUGUAAGUAAAAGGUUUGGAAACAGAAAGAAUUUAUGGAGGUUUGAAAAGAAAAAAAAAAGACUCUAAACAAAACAAAACAAAACAGGUAGUCAUCCAUGACAUGCAAUUAAUUCUGUUCCAAGUACUUAAUCCUGUGAGAAGGCUCCAAAAAUCUUAUUGCUCUAAAAUAAACAAAUUAUCUGGUUAAAAUUGAACAAACACUUCUCCAAGGCAGUUAAAUGAAAAGUAUUAAAAUACUCACAACUAAGAGACUGGCUAUCUUGGAAUUUUAGGGUUUUUAUACCUCCAGCUUGUUGAAGUUGAAAGGCUUCUAACAACAGAGUAAAAUCCAAGGGAAAAAUGCUUGCAACUGUAUUUCUUCCCCCUUUAUUAAUCUAAUUCUCAGUUUUCUAGCAGUUAUUAUUUAUAUAAGUUUAAGUCAAUCAUUAUCACUGUAUUUUUUCAGCUAACUUUGAUAUAAUUAUGGUAUGGUGUUAUUACAAAAUGAAAGUUUAUGCAAGGAUGCAAAAUAUAACUUGAGUGUCACAGCUUUUAAUUUUUAGCACAAAAUAAACUAUGCAUGAGCCACCCAUCUUAGGAUGAACCAAAUUUUAGCUGAAACAUUUUGCAACCAAUAUGCUGAAAAUGCAGACUACUUCAGUGAGCAUUCUUAACUGACAUGUAUUUUUGGAGGCUAUUUAAAAAUUUACUACUAUGAAUUUAAUCUAAUUUACUGGGUUGAUAAAAAACCAAACAAACAAACAAAAAAACCCCAAACCAACAAAAGUUCAUACCACAGAAAUAAAAUCUCAAAACUAAUAAAAAGAAAACUGGGGGAACUGGAAUAUGAGAUUUGAAUUAAUGAGAUAUGAAGAAAACAGGUCCAUUUAAUGUUAUGUUCAAAGUCAUAGGAAUCAAAACAGUUUAGAUUAGGAAAGCAACAGAAUCGGAUCCAUUAAGAAAUAAAUAGACAUACUGCAGACUUACUGGUGAAAACCGAGCUGUUUAUAGGAGCACACAAAAGUCCCAAGCACCUGCUACUAACCCAGCCUCCCAUUCAUGGAUAGAAAAAUCAAGGUGAAGAAAACCAAACAAAACAAAGCAUUUUUUUGAGCACCAGCUUUAAAAAACUAUUUCUGUGAGCUGACUGAUAUAGAGGGACAAAGAAAACUUAUUUCCCAAGAACAACCCAGAUGGAAAUGUCCUCACAAAACACUAGACAGUAAAUUAAGUGAUAUUUCAAGAACACCAAUCUCCUUUUUCUGUAGGCUAGGAAAGGUCAUUAACUCACAUGUCUAAAAUUUUCAAGAAUUUUCCUUGUGGCACACCCACACUAUCUCCUUCUUAUACACGAAGAGCACCCAAUAGAAUUGUUGUAUGGUAAAUAAAAGCCAUGAAUACCUACAGGCACGUAACAGAAAAAUUAGCAUGUUUUGUUUCAAACACAAGUUGUCCUCUCUAAACACAAAGUCUACCCACAACUUUAAGUCAUAGUUUAGCCUUGUUCAAAGAUGAAUAGUGCCACCAAAAACUUUACACAUCUUAACUUUUUUUACCCUAAAAAUACCUGAGGUUAUACCACACUUUAAUGUGGGAAAACAACUCCAGGUGAAGCUUGGUGGGUUUUUAUUUCUCAUUCACAUUUUGACUUAGCAAAGCUCAUCACUGUGGUUCAUGGCCACAUGCAGCCCAUAACACCCCUCAGACCCAGGAGCUCAGAACUGAUGGCCAUAAAAGCCCAGAAUGCUCCUUGAAGCACAGCACUGGAUUCACAUACAAAAUUCUCCCUUUUCACAUCCUGGUGGCAAGAGUUGUGUGCUAGAAGCCAUUGCAACAUUACAUUACCAGUAGCUAGUUGAAUUUUUCAUGUGUGAAGACAGGACAAAAAAAUUAGGACAGGACUCUUAACAGCUAUACUUUUCCAUGAAAUACAAUAAACCAACUACUGUUUGCUAAUACAAGAGAUCCUAAACAUUAUAAUUAUGUAUGUCUGUAGAAAUAAUUAUUAAUCUCAACUUUUAAUUCUGCUCAGCAGAUAAUGCUAAUGUCUCAAAAGCAAUUCAAUAAAAUUAAAA